UCAAAAAACUAAUUGCUGUUUGUUAACAAAACUUUACAAAGUGUUAUCAAAAAAUUAUCAUAAAAGUCAUUUUUUCCAAACAAAAAAAACUUUUAGCUGAACAUUAGUAGUGAUAUUUGUUGGAAAAAAAAUCUACCUUUUUACAUCGCAAAAUAAAUGAUGACAUUUUUUUUGAUAACUUUUUUUUAAAACAAAAGUUUUUUGCUAUUUGCCCACUCUUGGAAAGUCUUUUGGGAUAACGUAAAACUAUUUAUCCCAGAUAUUAGAUGGCGCUCAUGUAGUUUUUGACUAGUUGCCAAAUAUCUUGAUCCUUUAUCUCCAUUGAUCUCCAUUUCGUAUUUUCCCAAAGUCAUAAGUCAGCAGUCGUUGUCUCAAAUUCGUAGCUUUGUUUUUAAUAAAUUCAUUUCCUCCUGACUACAGUGCAAUUAAAAAAAUACAACAACAAAUAAACUGGUAGUAAAACAAAAAUAUCAAAUAACUACAAUUUAAUAUUUUGAAUAUAAUUGUGUCAUACUCAAUACAAUAUAUAAUCAAAAUAUAUAUUUUUGAUACUGCUACAAGACAAGUAUUAAUUUUAUGAAUCAUUAAUUUGGUCAUAUAUAACGUAUUUAAAAUAAUAAAAAUAUAUAAAAUGGAUGAACUUGAGCAAGAAAAAUUACAAGAAGCAAAAAUGAAGGAAUUAAUUGAGAAUUGCUCAGCAUUAAAAAUGGAUCCAGCGCUAGAAUCAAAAGCUUAUGUGUACACGACACCUGAAAAAAAAUAUUCAAUGAUUUGGACAAAAGAAGAAUCACAUAAUGGCGAAAAAAUGUAUUAUUAUUAUAGAGUGCAAAUACUUGGAUUAUUUGAAAACGAUCCUGAUCAAGAUUAUAUACUUGAACAAAAUUGGGGUGCUUUUGAUACUAUUAAUCAUCGCCAACGUUCUGAAUCAUUGCCACUGUCAGUAUGCAUUAAAAAAUUUAACAUUCAAGCAACCGAACGAAGUAGAAAUUAUGUGUUUGCUAAAAUAAAAGAUAAUAAUAUUAAUAAUAGUGAAUUACCAUUAUCAAUUCGUGAGCUUAUCAUAAAAUAUUUAUUUGACAGUGAUUUUUUGGCAAGAAUGAUGGAAGAUCAUACAGUUGAUGUUAAAAAUAAAGUAAUUGAAUUAAUUAAAAUAACAGAUGAACCUAUCACUAUUAGAACUGAAUUAUCUGCGAAUCAAUCAAAGAAAAAGCGUUUUGAACUUAAAAUCACAAAACUUGAAGCUAAGUAUGAUAGAAUACGUGAAUUUUUGGACAAAAAAAUUACAUGUCAAUCCAAUGGUGAUGAUAAUGAUAAUAAAUCUUUUAGCUUAAUGAAUUUUUAUUACAAGCAAUUGAACACGACAAUAAAUGUACUCGAUAGAAAUGAUGAACGUUUUAAAAUAAUUGAAAAAUAUUUUGAAAAUACCAAAUCAAUGCACCGUGAUCAAUUGCAAUAUAAAAUAGAUAAUGUUUUUGUCAUUGAAAAACCUUGUGAUAAUGACAGAUACACUAAAAAUUUUGAAAAUAAGAAAUUACUUUGGCAUGGAACCGGACCUUCUAAUAUUCCGUCAAUUGUAUAUGACGGUUUUAAAACACCUGCAGCUCCAAGGAGUUUUUUUGGUACUGGAAUAUACUUUUCAAAUUCAGUUUCCAAAUCAGCAACUUAUUGUGGUUUUAGAAAAGACGGUGUUAUAUUUUUGUGUGAAGUUGCGUUGGGUAAAAUUAUGGAAUCUCAUAGUCAUUCAUACACAAUGAAUACUAAUAAAGAAUUACCAUUUGGAGUUAAUUCAAUUUACGUUAGAGGUACGUGGUCACCUGACCCAGAUGAUUGUGUUACUAUUGAUGGAGAUGUUGUUGUGCCUUAUGGUAAGCUUGGGAUAGAAAAUUCAAAUUCUCGUUUUUCAAAUCAUGAUGAAUUUAUUGUUAAUAAUCCAGCACAAAUAAAAAUGCGUUAUCUUGUAUCAGUUAUUUCUUAUUAAAUUUUUUUUUUAUUAAUUUAAAUCCAAGUGUGUUACAAGUUAUUAUUUUAAUACACAUUAAAUGUAUUGCCACACCCGGGUAGAAAAAAUCGCAUAU